UUGUACCGCAAGCUGAUUUUAGCACUAAAUCCACCAAAGGAAAAGAACAUUUUGAAGUGAACACCUGCAGGUACACUGAGGGAAACUUGGACUGAUAAAGCUGUGAAAUCUAAGACUAAGGUGGGAAUAUCAUGUGUGUGUCUCGACUGGCUUUGCUCUUGGGGCUGCUUCUCUGUGUGGGGGCUCAGCUGUCCUUUGCCCAGCACUGGUCCCAUGGUUGGUAUCCUGGAGGAAAAAGGGAGCUGGACUCCUUUGGCACAUCAGAGAUUUCAGAGGAGAUUAAGCUGUGUGAAGCAGGGGAAUGCAGCUACCUGAGACCCCAGAGGAGGAGUAUCCUGAGAAACAUUCUUCUGGAUGCCUUAGCCAGAGAGCUUCAGAAGAGAAAGUGACAUCUUUCCAGAGAUUUCUUUUCUAUAGUA